GUAGGGCAGAUACGCUUAGAUACGAACUGCGCAUGUAAACAAAGGAUGCAAAAAGAAAAAAAAAAGUUGUACACUUGCGUCGCUACGUUUAUUUUCCGUCUACGUCCUGUACUUGAUUAUUCCACUAGAAGCAACGUACCCAAAGCAAUUGUUUGUUGUUUAGGACAACUAUGGAACAGAGAGAGAAAUGAAUUUGUAUAGCAACAUAAGCAAAUCCUAAUGCCUGAACAUGACUGGUGUUGCGGAGGCACCCACCUCUCAGACGGAGGCGACGAAUGCAGCCAGUGGAAGCAGAAGCACAUCUGACAGCCUGUCUAGCAGCACUGCUUUCAAGGAAGAAUUCCAGAAUGUAUACAAUGAGGUCCAGGGAACGGAGCUUUUUGACACAUACGAUGACUCUGAGUCCUCCGACCCUGAUGACAUCCAAACCACGAUUUCGCGAGAGUCUCCUUCCCCCUGCUCAAAAGGAAGGAAACGGUGCUCAGCUAAGCAGAGAAAAAGUAGAAGUCGUCACAAGAAACGAUUUGUUUCAAGAAUGGUGGAACCCUGCCAUGAACCAUCAUCACCACCCUACGUGCGCCCACUCAUCACGGCGGUGAUGCCAACGGUGCCCACCAGGUCUCCAUCAGAGCAGUGGCUUUUGAAUUACAAGAGGCUCAAGAAAGCGAAAUUCAAAUGCACGCUGCUGCUUGGCCACAACGACACUGUGCACUCAGUCGCCGUGGACCAGAAUCUCGUUCUGUCUGCUAGUGGCGACACAACAGUCAAAGUGUGGAGCAUGCAAGCAGGCAGGGAAUUGUGCAGUCUGCGAGGACACACAGGAUCUGUCAACGCUGUUCUCCUCUUGUCCUCUGAACAGACAGAAGUGCUAUGCGGUCGCAUGGGGCGGGCAUCAACAUAUCGGCUGGCUGUCAGUGGUUCCUCCGACGCCUGUCUCAAUAUAUGGCUUGCUCUCGAAGGGAAGCUGUUGAAAUCGAUGUACACCUACAAUGCCAUUACAGCUCUUGCAGUAAUCACCGACGACUGCCACAUUGUGGUUGGCACAGAAGGAGGCAAGCUGGAAGUUUGGGACGUGGCAAAAGGAUCUCCUCUCAGUUCCGUCAUUGGCCACGAUGGUGUGAUUGAGUCCAUAUGGGCUGACUGGACAGACACUGUUUUCUCAGCCUCCUCUGACGGAAGCCUAAAGGUGUGGCAAUGGCUGUCAAAUGAGCUGUGCGCAGUGCAAGUGCAUGAUGCAGAUGCAGCCGAAAGCUGCCGUAUGCACUGCGUGGCAGUGGAUGGCUCCAAGAUAUUUGUAGGCAGGGACAGUGCGUGCGUGAAGGUCAUCGACUGGGCCACAGGAAGGGUGGACUACCUGAAAAACCACCCUCACGACCAUGGGUUGGCAAAAGCAGUUUUUGUCAAGGACAGCCUUCUCUUGUCAACAUCUUAUGACAGAUAUACUGGAAACAGUACAGUCAACAUGCGAACCCUUCCUGGCGGUGCUUAUGUGGGCACGCUGAAGGGUACUGGGCAAGGCAAAGUCAGUGCCUUGGCAUCCGACAUUGUGGAGCGGAAAAUUCUCAGGAUUGUAACGGGAGGCACAACACUUGCCGUCUGGGACUGGGCACCUCACGAGAAUAAUGGUGAAUGCCCUGUACUGUUUCUCGAGACGCUUGCAGAACGCGCUCAGGGGGACGGAAAUGAAUCGAACAAAAGCAGCGACAGUCCAGAGAGACAACUACAGCUGUAUCAAGGCAACACUCAGGCUGGCGAUACGAGCUGGUGUAACAUCAUGUGAUCUUUUAACUCGCUUCAUCCUCAAAAAAAGUCGUGUUGUGAAGUAACUGCAUUGUUAUUUGCCUGCUAAUGCCUAAGAAUCAAGCUAGUUGCGUGCACUAUUGCUCAGCAGCUUCAGUGUGUUUGUGAAGUGUUAUAAGUGAGCCGCAACUCUGCAGCACAACUCUUUUAGCUCAACUCCUGCCUGAUCAAGGUAAUGCAUUUUUAGUCAAGCACCUACUCAGUGAUCGACUGUUAAUCUUAUCCAUAUGCAUUUUUACACAGUUUCUACCUUGUGCUUUCAUGCAGCCACAUGUACAAUAGUAUUUUUUGACAAUAAACACGCUUUCACCAAUG